AUGCCGCCUCGCAAGUCCUUGCCCAAGUUUCACACCUCGGCCCAAAUUCAAGACGUAGCAAAACAAUAUCGGAGCAAUCGGAGCAAUGCCGAAUGGAUGUGGUACUCGCCCUACGUACUCACCUUGGAAUCCUUGUUGGAUGUCGGGCAUAUCAACAAUCUGAUUGCUCCAUCUCGAGAGUCCCUGGUGCCCCGUCCGCAAGGCGUUGUCAUCCUCUCGAAAGAAAAACUCAUUCAGCUCGACGAUAUUGACGACCUUUCAGAGGAUGUCCUCGAUAUCGACCCAAAUUCGUCUUUCGAAACUACAGUAUCCACGACAACGGAGCCAGCAGACCGAAAAGCUAUUUAUGGUAUUCCUGAUUGCUCAAUAGCGCAUACAGCGAGCAAGCCAGCUGUAGAUGGGAAGUUCCAAGUCUACCAUACUUGCCUUCCUGGGCUAGUCGAGAACAAGAAGGCCCCGUCUCGAAGGCCCAGUGGCGGUGGACUAACCCGAGAAAAACUCUUAGAAUCGGCUCAAGCCCAACUGCUAUACUAUGAUGCUAUAUACUUUGCAGAACAUCCGACUUUCACAAAAAUUGUCAACAUACCGGCGGCAGGGCCUUACUGGACCUGGGCAUUGAUCCAGAAGGCACAAGUCCCAUCUUUUGACUUUAUGAAGCUUUUCAUGACUGCAAGCAACGACUUGUAUGAGGAUGUCCAUGAGAAGGAUUGGGCAUUGUACAUGGCGGUUGCAGAAACUGUGGCAACAAACCCAAUCCACAUUUUGGGAACAGCAGAGUGUUAG